AUAUAUAUAUAUAUAUAUAUAUAUAUAUACUGUACAUUCAGAAUAACAUCAGAAACCGCAUUACACUUGCAAUAUUAUUCAAUAACGUCCUUCGUGCAUAUCUAGACUACACUGAAUAAUUAAAUUUGUACAUUUUUAAUUUCUUUAUAUAGUGUACGAUCAUGAUGAAAGUCGUAUUGGCAACCUUGUUUCUUCUGAUUCAUAUAAUCUGCAUUAAAGCUGGAACAAACUUUGAUGCAAAAUGGACCAGAACAUGCAGCAAAGGUAUAUUAGCGAACAUUCAUUAUUCCAUUUUGGCCUAUAUUGCUGCUUCAGGAAGCCAUCGACAUUCCAUGCAACUAUUCUAAUCGUUAUGUGAAAUUUCGGAUUUUGCAUGCGCGAUGCAUCGACGUAGCUGCUGUUGCUUAUACCUAUCAAACCCAUGUUGCAUAUAAUUAACAAUUAUUCGCCGAAGGCGAAGUGAUUACCAGUGAAUAUUCACCGAGACGGAAUCCAGGUGAAUAUUCACCGUAAUCACUGAGCCUGAGCCAAAUAGUUGUUUUAGUAUAAAUUUUUAAUGAAUAAAAUAAAAUAUCCAAAUAUCAGUUCAAAUACUAAAAUUCAGAAAUAAAACUGUUUUCAGCCUGUUCACGGUUACUGUCACUAACAGUGCUGCAGUUUUUCUUGUACGCACACGCUUUCAAAAUGGCUUCUUGUGUGACUUGUGUGUUACUGGUUGUAAUAUAACACAAUGACGGAAUGACUGUUUCACCAGACUUAGAAUAUAAAAAAUAGUUUCUGUUUAGCAAUAAUUUUUUCAGGAAAUAGCUGAGAAAUUUGGUAAAUGAAAUGUUAAAAUAUAUAUACCGGGUGGGGCAAAAAAAGUACGACUGUUUGAUUUACUAUGACUCAAAAACUAAAAGAGCUAUUACACUUAAAUAAAUCACUCUAUAUUCCGCGAUGUUUAACUUAGAAUUUGUCUGGUGCUUUUUCAUGCGAUUAUGACUGAGAUAAUUGUGUUUAAACUUACGCAAACAUUUUGGAACCGCCAAUAAUUAGCUGAAAAGCCCCUACUAAACUAAUUUAAUAACCGUUACGAUUUGUUCGCGAUUAUUGUUUCAAUGAAGUGAAGUCGAAGUCAUAGCUAGAAAUAUUUCUUCAUUCACAGACUUUUUAUUUUUUGUUUUACGAUGUUGGGCAAUGGAUGUGAACUUAUAAGGCCGAUUUUAUUAAAAGUUUUGUUCCUAUAGAGAAGGUAUCCGAUACCCGUGGGAUAGGUAGUCUGUAUGUUCUAAUGAGUCUAGAACGAGCUGUCCCAUUUCACGGGCAAGAUGUGCCGGGGGACAUGAAUUUGCUGAUGAAUAGAUGAUUGCUUUUGAACAACAAGCGUUAACGUACUGAUUAUAGAGCGUCUUAACACAGGUUGUUUUUGUAUAUAAAGGUAUUAAUAUUUAAUAGGCCGUUUUUAGCUUAAUUCUCUCAGUUUCAAAAAUGUUACUCUUGUUCAAAUGUAUCGAAUCUUUGUCAAUAUGGCAUACAAAUGUGCAUGGCAUAUAUAAAAAUUUAAGUUAUGUAGACAUCGCUGAAUGCCAAUAAACGUGUUUUAUUAUAUAUAUAUAUAUCGUUGGAUAUAAAGUUUUUUUAAUACAGCGGUCAGAACGCCAUACUUAACAAUGAAAACAUAACAUAUAAAAAUAAAUAGUACAGUACAAAUUGAGAAGUCUAUAGGAUACAAAAAAUGGAUUUAAAAGAAUAUCACGGCAAGGUUUUUCCAGAAUAUCACGGCACGGUUUUUCCCUUUGAACAGUUGGAAUACUUUUUGCUAUUUGUUUGAAAACAAAAACUCCGGUUUUAAAUCAGUUUUAAAUUGUCCGUGAAUAUGUUUAACACAGUAAAAUAAAAAAAGAAUCAUACCUUUCAAGUUAAAUACAACAUUUUGUGCUUUCUUUCGUUUUCUGGGGACGAUUUUUUCAAUAUUUUGUCGAUUUUGAAACCAAAUUUGCGAAGUAAUAUAUUAUUUUCGAAAACAUUAUUUACUAUACCCAAGUGGUAAAUAAUGCCUCUGAUUUACUAGUCAACUAUCCAAUCAGAACGCGCGAAAGCUCAUUUGAUAUGGAAAAUUUGUACUAAAAUGCGUAAAUUUGACUAAUCAACUUGUAGGAUUUGUUAUGUUCACUUAUAAAAAAAUAUUAAAAUAUUAAAACAGCAUUCGUUAUUUUUGUAGUUUUAAUAUUAAAAUAUUAAAACAGCAAAAAUAUUAAAAUGCAUUCGUUCCUAAAUUAUCCAUCCCCAACACCCAAUGCAGUAUAGACAAUAUAUUUUACUACAGCAUAUUCAAGUAAAAAUCGAGUUCCAGAUUAGGAUACCUAAAAUAUCGGGCAUAAUACGAGAGAAAAAGGUAUAUAGAAAAAUCACUACUAACUUGGUGCAUGGUAACAAGUUAUCAACAAUUUAGCUUGUUUGAUAAUCAAUCAUUUAGGUUAAACGCUGUGCUGAGUGGUUAUAUUCCUACCUUAAAAAAUAAGCAGAAACUCGACGUUUCGAGCGAAGGUACUUCGUCAAGAGUUAGUAGUAGGACGGCCUUCGCUCGAAACGUCGAUUCUCUGCUUAUUUUUUAAGAUAGUAAUGACGGUACUACCGACACUGGUACAGACAACUUUAGUAUAUUAUCAUUUAGGUUACUCUAUCUCGCGUGUGAGUAGUCUUCACAGCAACCGCCAUGAAGAUCGUUCCUGGUCCUUUCGAUGCAGACAUAACUCCAAAAUCACAUCGUCGUGCAAAUGGUCUGGAUGGGUGAAUUGGUUCGACCGCGAAAUAUUAUACCAAUGUCGAAAUGGAGUUAUUGCAGGUUGGUAUAAUAGCUCACAACUCUUUUGUUAGCAAAAUUUUGUUUGGGUAAAUUUUAUGUGACAAAUACUGACAGGUACGUGCCGUCAUGAAGAUAAUCGAAACACGAAAGGUAACACAAUGCGACAACUGCAGCAACAGCCAAAAUGGCAGUUAAUAAUAUACCUGAAACAAAAGGAACAACUGCAUUUACAGUAACAGUAAGAACAAAAACAAAUUCAUUACUAACAGAAAUAAUAACGACUAAGUAACCGCAACAGCAACAGUAAGAGCAAUGGGCAUAGAAUCAGAAAACGUAUGCAACAAUAACAAUAUGAGCAACUGUAACAGUAUCAGUUAAAAAUAGUAAAAUUAAUGGUAACAGCAACGGAUAACAGCACAGUCGACAGUUGCAGCAGCAUUUUUAAGAGUAAUUGUAGGUGCAAGCUAAGUGUAGAAUAACAGUAACAGUAACAGCAACAGUAACAGUAACAGUAACAGCAACAGCAAAAGCAACAGCAACAGCAACAGCAACAGCAACAGCAACAGUAACAGUAGAGAGUUUAAGUUCGACUGCCAGUAACAGUAAUAUUAACAGUAGAGAGUUUAAGUUCGACUGCCAAUACCAAUACCGAUACCGUUGUUUUCACUUCCGUUCUCAUUUGGUACCGGGAAUUUUAAAGCGUUAAGUUAUCACGACAGAUAAAGUAUAGAACAUAUUAAUUGUCACCAAAAAUGAGCGGCAUACUAAACGGCAGCUGAGCUAAAAUUCCGACUAAAACAUGACUCAGGCUAUGCUAAUAAACAAAUAGUUUACAUGUUUAAUUUAUCGUAAAAAUUAUGAAAUAUCCGAUUUAUAUGAGCUUAUCUUACAAUUCCCCCGACUUCCAAUACAAGACCGACUUCGGUAGUGGUGACUUCCAAUACACUUGUCCUCGUGCUUCUUGCGAGAAGAGAGCAUGCGCACGACAUAUUGUUAGUAUCGGUAUUGGUAUCCGAAGUCGAACUUAAACUCUCUAUUAACAGUAACAGAACAGUAACAGUAACAGUAACAGUAACAUUAACAGUAACAGUAACAGUAACAGUAACCGUAACAGUAACAGUAACAGUAACAGUGACAGUAACAGUAACAGCAACAGCAACAGCAACAGCAACAGUGACAGUGACAAUAAUGACAAUAACAAUAACAGUAAAAAGAAAUAGUAAAAUCAACAUGAUACGGUGCAUCAGCAACAGUAGCAACCGGGCCGUACGCAGGAUUUUUUCAUCCGGGGGGCAGUAAGGCCUAUAUGCCGGAAAAAGUCAUCAAUAUAUCCAAGGAAUAAUGAAUAAUUAAUGGCUCUAAAAAUCGUAAAUAUAGUUUUCCCUGGAGAGACAGUUGCCCCGCUUGCCCACCUCCCCCGCUGUGUACGGCACUGAUAACAAUAAAAACAAAAGAACACGCUAGAGUAUAAGUAAUGAUAACUGUAUUGGUGUCAGUAAUAGUGACAAUCAGUACGAAAAAGGACAGAUACAGAACACUACCAAUAGCAGAAAAAGAAACAGUAAGAGUAUCAGCCUAUAUGUAGUAUUACAAUGUAUUAGUCGGAAACAAACACACGCCAUCUGUAUUCUACAACAUUUAUAAGUUAUUCCUAAAGUAACUUAAUAAAUUGUUCCUAAAACAAUCCUAGGUUGGCACUCUUAUCACAGUAAUCGUCAUGAAGACAGAAGAUUCCAAUUCAAAUGUUGUCGCACCAAGAAGAAUUGCGUACGUAAUUGUGUCUGGACUGGCUAUGUGAAUAACUGGGAUGCUUACAUCAACUACGGCGUACCCCGUGGUUAUUUCCUAACUGGGACAAAAAGUUAUCAUCACAAUGGGCACGAGUAAGUCCUACAAAUAUUUAUUUCAGUUUGUUUAUGUGCUGGCUGUCAGAAAUAUGUUUAAAAAUGUAUUCAUAGACCAAUUGCGAAACUUUGUGGCCGCGCUUUCAUAAUGCACGAGAACGAGGCUUGUUAUGCAAAAACAAAACAAUUUCUAUAUUUUUAUAUUGCGAAAAGUGAAUUUUAGGGUUUUAAAGUGUUUUUUCUUGAAUCUCUUUUAUCUCUUAAUAUUUCGUGCUAGGUUAUAUAAAUAGUUGCUAAAUUUAUCUAAACAUCGAUUUCCCACUAUAUUUUUAAUUUUUUACCCGCUUUGGAGAGACAUUUGUUUUAGCAUGCGAUGGAACAAACAUGUGGAAAAUAUCAAUCUAGACUUUAAAAUCUGAUCAAGAUGCAAAUAAAUUAGGCAGCUACUUAACAAGCUAAAAUAUAUAACUCUUUCUACCCAGAUUUUGCUAGACUUCGUGCGAGAAAAAACGAUUCUGUCAAAGGAUAAUAAUAUAAAAUUUCUACAACUUUUGCCCGACAUUUAUACUCUCAUAUUUUUAAAGUUAAAAUCGAAAACUUGCUAUUAUAUUACAGCUGAAACAAAAUUAAUCAAUGUUACAACUUAUCCUUUGAAAUGUAUUAAUAAAACAGACGGAAAAUACCUGACUCUUUCUCUAGUAUACUCUGCUUCUUUAAUAUCGGACGGCGAAAAACAGCAAAACUUUGCCUCGCACGCCGCGAAAAAGAAUGAAAUUUGAAGUAAGACUAAAUCUAUGAACAAGUAUAAUAAAGAUUUACAUAGCAAAACAAAAAUAUUGAGAAAAAAAUGAUGAGAUUACCAUAAAAACGCGUCUCAAGCACUGAAAUUCAUUUUUCGCCAUAUAAAAAUAUAGUAGAAUGAUUUGUUUUUGUAUAAUACGCCUCGUUUUCGUACAGUUUAAGGCGCGGUCGCUAAGUUUCGCAAUUGGUCUAUACGAAGUAUAUAGAGAUGACAAGGGCAAAAUGGUUUGGUAUCUAUGGAAAUUGAACGAGUAAUACUUUGUAUCUAAGUUAUAUAGUACUUUGUAUCUAUGUUAUCUGCUCUGCUGACUGCAUGGCUUGAGUUUCGUCCUUCUCCGAUAAGCAAGGUAGUUGCAUGGCCUAAUACAGGGGAAUUCUUAUUCAUGAUGUCAUGUCCAUUCUCAUCUUUUUCUUUGUUUUCUUAGGGAUAGAAGAUGGAGAUUCCUCAUUUGUAAGCUUGGUUGACGAAGCUCAAGUAAUGUCCAUUUCUACCUUGACGAACGGCUUAUUAUUUUACUCAUCACUUUUUCUAUUUCUAUGUAUUUUUUCUUUGUAAAGGAUUUCAAUCAAUUCUCAUAAUAAAAUACAGCGCAAUACAUUUUGUUGCAUCAUUUAUACCUUGAGCACGUUCCGCGGACGACUAUAAUUUGAUAUCAUGGGCGUCUGGGCAUAAUGGCGGCCUAAUAUGUUACAUAAUUAAAUUCAAUAUGAAUUCCAUCCUCGGUCCCAGGGACUCACGGCUGACACUGCGUUGCCGGAGGCCCUGGCGAAAACCAAAACGAGAAGUGAUUUGAUUGGUCGCAUGAAAACAAUGGAAUGCGGAAAUUGAACACGAACUUUUACUAAUAAAUAUGGCUGACUAUAGGAGUAGAUAGGAGUGUAUUAACUCUUCAAAAAAGACGAAGAGUCGUUUUGGUCGUUGAAAUCUGCUGUCUAUCAAUGGAAAUUUUAUUUUUAAUAUAAAAGAUGUUGGAUGUUGUGUCACAAUGCAUUAAAAAGCUGCACAAAAUUGGACAUUGGAUUAUUUAAAGAUUGAAAUCGCCGAAGCCGAUGGGACAUUUUAUAUACGAGAUUUAAUUAUAUACAGAGUAUAAACAAAGACAGGCGAAAGGCUAUGCGAGAGACUGUACCGUUUAUAAUUGUACAAAUCUACAAAAAUUGUGAGUGAUGUCUUGCAUCUUUCAAUUACAAAUGAGAAAAUCCUGAUCGUGAAUGAGUGUCUGUGUGGUUGUUCAAUGCAAGAGGGGUCCAAGCCAUACAUAAUAUUAUAUUAAAUAUAGUAUAUUAUAAAAUAUAAAUUAUUUUAUAAUAUACUAUAUUUAAUAGACUUACUUUAUUGAUUUUAUAUCAAUUUCAUCAAAGG